GCAGCGAAAGAUAAGGCCAAACUAAAACAGUAUAUAAGAGUCAGCUGAACUCAAGCCUCAGUCAGUAUCAAUUGACAAGACAACUACGUCAUUCUACAAUGUUGAGAACUAUCGCUGUCUUGGCUCUGGGCCUCGGUCUGGCCUUUGCGUCAAAUGGGCACCUGUCAGAGACCGGUGGUCGUCAAACGCAAGGCCGCCACGACCUGUACUAGCAACAGCGACUGUGGAAAAGACCAAUGCUGUUACUUCAACCUGGCAGUCAGUAAAAGACAAGACUUCAACCUCCCUAUUUUCAAGGGCACCUGUCGCGUCAAGAGCGCAUGUGAGCAACGUUUCGACAUUAACCCUCACAUCAUUUACUAGACGAGUCAGUCACGCGACAUUCUUCAUGACGCUAGAAUCUGCUCAAUGAGUCCGUCAAGCGACAGUACCAAUGGCGGAAUUAGAUGAGUCCGUCACGAGAGAUGAUGAACUGAGCGCGGAAAUAAAGUGUCAUAUCUGCAAACUCUUCAA